AUGUACAGGCAAACUGUGGUUGGAGAAGCAGCCCAACCUUCUGCAAGUGUCAUAGAUAAAAGCCCAGAACAAAUAACAAUGGAAAAGAUCGCAUCCUCGGAGGCAUUUAAUCAGGCGGAUAUGUCUGAUGUACCUACCCAAAAGAUAUCGACUGUUGCUACAGUCGAAGAACCGCCACGUGAAAUACCGUCUCCGAUUAAAAUACGUCGAGUUGGAGUGAGGACUUUUACGUCGGCUGUCGAAAUGGAUUUUAAUAAUAUAUCCACCAAUAUGGAAAAUAUCAGAGACAACCGACAAGCUCGAGAUCAGAGUAUAUCGGUACUUCACCAAGAAGCGGGCUUAGCUGAUGUUCCCCAAGAGAAAAUUGACGCAAAUCGUAGCAAGAAUAGAAGUGAGACACCCCUGGGCAGUUUGGAUAGGACAAAAGUAUCGCUGGGCGAUUCUGAUGUUACUACUGAAUUGCAAAGCUUUCUCAGAGAUGAAUGGGGAAUCUUUGGAACUAUGCUUAAACUGUUCUCUUGUAUUAAAGAUGGCUUGAAGGGUAUUACUGUCAGAGUUCUUGUUUCCCGCGGCCCAACGCAAGGUCGAGAGCGUCUUGUCGCAGCAAAAUGCUUCACGUCUUUAUUAAAAUUAAGGCAACACGGUUUUAUAACCGUUGAAAAAGACCCUGUUACUCUUGAAAUUGUCCAUAUGACCUUAGGCCCAAGGUUAUUAAAGCUGCAGAAUGCAGAAAAGUAUUUGUGA